AUGGCCGAAGUAAAAAACAGCACAGUCUGCAUCUUAGGCUGCGGAAAUUUGGGAACUGCAAUCCUCCAAAGCUUACUCACCGCUCCUGAAGGGACAAUACCGUUCGGUCGAUACAUUGCGUGUGUUCAGAGUAAUGAGUCAGAGCAGCGACUCACCAAGGCGUUUUCCCAAUAUGGAGAAACACUCACCGUUGCUGUCGGCGACAACGUGAAAGCUGUGAAUGAAGCUAGUGUGGUUAUUAUGGCACUGGACCCCAGCAUUAUUGAGACGGCAUUGAAACAGCCUGGCCUGGGCGCUGCCUCGAUGAAUAAACUGAUCAUUAGUGUCGCUGCGGGUUGGACUCGUCAGCAAAUCGAGGACACGCUAUACGGUAGCAAUACCAUAGAAGGGCAGGCUUGUGUUAUCCGCACAUUACCCAACAUAGCUGCUCUUGUAUCCCAGUCUCUCACAGCGAUUGAGAUUGAGCCAGGGCAUACAAUCCCGGGAAAAUAUUUGCAACUUACGGACGCAAUUUUCUCCCGAGUAGGCAAGACGGUCCAUAUCCCCCCGAAUUUGAUGGAUGCGACAACGGCUGUGGCAGGAUCAACUCCAGCAAUGUUUUCUGUCAUUGUAGAUGCAAUGAUUGACGCUGCGGUGGCGGUCGGGAUGCCUAGGAACCUGGCGCAUACAAUUAUUUUCCAGGCGAUGCAGGGAACAGCUACGAUGCUUCAGAGCGGGGUGAGUCCGGCGCAGUUGAAGGACCAGGGCACGUCACCUGAGGGAUGCACCAUUGGAGGACUGAUGACUAUGGAGGAAGCCGGAGUACGGGGUCACAUUGGCAGAGCGUUGCGCGAGGCUGUUACAAUUGCCAGGCUCAUGGAUGGGACAAGACAUGUUAAUGACACGAAGUAA